ACCAGCUCUCCCUGAAAGUGAAGUGGUGGGGGUGUGAUUCUCCUCUGCUGCUCCUUCCUUUUGUGCUUUUCCCUCCCUUUUUGCCAGCUCUGCUUUUUCAACCUUCUUUUUCAAUGGACACUCCCUCCCUAACUUCUAUCUUGUUCUUGAUUUGCCCAAGUUUGAUGAUUGCAUUUCUACGCCGACUCUCAGCAUGGGGACUUCCGUGAACAUCGCUGUUAGAUCUCAGGUGUGGGUUGAUGAUGUAGAGCUCGCCUGGGUUGAUGGAGAAGUUAAGGCCCUCACUGCCAGAGAAGCCACCAUUCUCACCUCCCAUGGGAAAACUGUGGUGGCAGAUAUCUCAAACAUAUAUCCAAAAGAUAUGGAGGCACCACCUGCCGGGGUUGAUGACAUGACUAAAUUAGCUUACCUCCAUGUGAGAAUUUGUGAAUCCAAGAAUACAGAGGAUGAAGAUGAAGAAUGAUGAUGAUGAUAGAGGAUAAACUCAGUAGUGUUGCAAAAGGAUCUGAACAAGAAGUAUUUGAUUCUUAUUU